CCAUGCAUCACAUUGGAUGUCCAUGGAAGAAGAUUCACAAUAUGCCUGGGUACCUUCUUACAAAGCACAAGAUAGUAAGACUUGUUCCAGUAUACCUUGGGAAGCUCUCAGUAAAGGAGAUACAAAUAGUGUCACGCAGUGGUUGACCCAAUUGAAGGACACUAGAGAACUAACGAACAAAGACGAGGACGGCCGAACACUAUUACACUGGGCUUGUGCUCGAAGAGAAUGGAAUCAGUGGGUUCCCUUGUUACUUGAGGCAGGCUCACCUAUCGCCACUAGUGACGACGGAGGUUUUUCUCCGCUACACUCUAGUUGUAGUUGUGGUAACACUCAAGUGGUUCAGUGGUUGUUGAGUGCUUCUCAAGCCCUAGGCAAUUCGUUGGAUAUGGUGAAUGUCAAAACCGACGACUCGCAGCUGACUCCACUGCACUGUGCAGCAAGUAAGAAUAACUUGGAAAUAUGCAAAUUGUUGAUAGAAUACGGUGCAUUGGUCAACGCAGUAGAUGUACACGGUUAUACCCCUCUUAUGAGAGCAGCACAAAAGGGAAACGAUGAGUGUUUGGCUUUUCUGUUAAGUAGGGGUGCAAUCGUUAACGUACGCAAUCGACAAGGAGACACAGCUUUACAUUUGGCUUGUGAAAUGGGAUAUCGUAGUACUGUGCAAAUAUUGUUAGCAACCAAAGGUAUAGAUAGCUCUAUUCGAAACGAAGAAGGAUACACAGCACGAGAUUUACUUGCACCUGAGUUACAAGGUUGGUGGCCAGAAUAAAAUGAGACGAGUAUAGGUCAAAUGAUUCCUAAGAAUGAGAAAGAAUAAAAACAGCAAGGCAAAGGAUAAAAAUAAGAUAAUUGGACGUGCUGCUUCCUUUGUUGUAUUCUUAUUGAAUGUUGUCGUUGAUGGAGAAAUCGAUGACUUGAAUAUGUUCGUCAACGUUUGACGGUCAGGUUUCCGUUGGCAUUCCUUUAAAAGUAUAUAAUGCUCCUUUUGGAAGUCAUCAUUAUACAUUUUCCAUACUUCCCAUGGCGAAGGAUACUUUCUAAGCAAUACUCCUUGAAUGGGAUACAAAGUUCCCGUUUUAUAAAGUGGUCUCAAAUAAAAUACAUCUUCGAAAGUUUCAAUGAACUCCAUUCUUUCCUUUCUUCCUCGAACUUGCAUAAUUCCAUCAGUACUAGGAACAUCUUUUAAAGAUGGGUUGAUCAAUAGGAUGGGUUUGUUGCUAUAUUUUUGAGUCAAUUGGAAAAGUUGCUCUGUUAUCGGAGUAGAUACUGCAUUGGUUGGUGUGAUGACGAUACAAUAGUCUUGGUCAAUGUCUUUUUGUGUCAAACACUCUCCCAAUGUGCUAAUAGAAACGUGUGUCUGUAACUUGCCAUCCCAACUUGCACGAGAUAUUUGAUAGUCUUCGUUCAGAUAUCGCAAUAAACCAGCGACGGCCAGU